AUGUGCUGUUUCAUGCCCCUUCACGCGUGCCCCGUGUGCCCUGCUCCACCCCCUAGGCUGGCAGUGGGAUGGCUGACAAUAACCGCCAUGCGAGCCAGCAAUCUCCGCAACCAGGGGCUGGUGGGCACCAGCGACCCCUACCUGCACUUCUACCUGACGAGCAGCCUGGGCAGCCGCGAGUCGAGUGUGCGGGACAACGACCUCAACCCCGACUGGGGGGACGAGGAGUUAAGACUUAAAGUGCUGGAUCCCGCCACCCAGAAGCUGCACGUGGAGGUGUUUGACAAGAACACGGUAUCCCGGUAUCCCGGAAUCCCGGUAUCCCGGUAUCCCGGUAUCCCGGUAUCCCGAUAUCCCGGUAUCCCGGUAUCCCGGCGCCUCAAAAGAGGCUGUGGGCUGGGCGCGCAUGGCUGUGGUUUAAUACACGUUGAGACACAUUUCCUUGCCUUUGUUCCUUCCAUCCCCGUCUCUCUCCCCCGUCCCUCUCCCUAUUUAAAGCCUGCUCCUGCCAUUCUGAUCCUGCCCCAUUUCCCAUCCCAAGGGAAGGUGGACAGGAUGAUGGGGGUGCAGGUGGUGGCAGUGAGUGAGAUAGCAGGGAAGGCGGACAGGCUGAUCGGGGUGCAGGAGGUUGCACUGAGCGAGGGGAAGGCGGACAGGCUGAUGGGGGUGCAGCUGGUGGCGCUGAGCAAGCUGGCAGUGGGGGAGGCAAAGGACUUUGAGUUGCGCCUGGCGCCGCGCUUCAGCGACCUGGGGGGCGCACAGUCCGGGGGGAGGAGCCGAAGAGACAUCGGGAGUGUGUGCUUCCGCCUGCUGUACAACCCUUUGGGAGAGAACGAGGCGCCCCCGCCAAUGGAUGUGGAGGAGAUGCAGGAGGAGGAGGCGGAGGCGUUCCCUGAGUGGGUGCCGGUGGGGGGCGGGCUGCUGCGCGUGAUCCUCAAGCGCGGCGAGGGGCUGGAGGCACGGCACCACGCCAACCCGUUCGUUGUUCUGCGGUUUCGCAACCAAGAGUGGCAGAGCCAGGUGGGGGGGAGAACCAGGUGUGAGGCAGGGGAGGGUGGGCAGAACCAGCUGCGUGGGAGAAAUGGAGAAUGGCAGAGGCAGCACUACAAGAAGCAGGCGGACGUGGUAUUUGAGGAGGAGCCGUUCGAGGUGUUCCUGGAAAAGCCACCAGUGAGCGACACGCUGCACAUCAAAGUCUUCUCCAAGUCUCUUUCCUCCUUCUCCGUCCUCUCCAAGGAGGCGGUGGGGUACUGUGAGAUACAGCUGAGCGACGUGGUGAUCAACGGGCGCAUCAACGACCUCUACCCUCUCAUCGACUCCAAGGGCCAGCUGCAGCUCGAGCUACAGUGGCACCGCCGCACCGACGCCUCACAGGUCGCAGAAGAGACGUCGCUCGCCACCCGCGUGGGGCAGAUGAUCCAGCAGACGGCGGUGGGGAAUAUAAUCACGCAGACAGUUAAUCGGAUGGAGAACGCGUCAGAGGAGAUCAAGGCACGCUGGCAGCAGCCAUAG